CUCGGCCAUCAAGGAGUUGCAGUUAUAGUACAUAGACCAACUGUCUUGAAACCUAUAUUGACAGAGAGCUAUUGUGGAUUAAUUGGAAAAUAAUUGCGCAUUCUCGGAACAUUUGGAAGCAUCAGUGAGGAGGAAAUGGCAUCACUCGAAGAAGAUAUGGUUUUGGACGGAGAGGAAAAUGUGGGUUCUGAAGAGUUAUUGGAUAAAGAUAUAGCAGAUGUUUCUGUUGAGGGACAAUCAUCAAGUGGUGAAGGAGCGCAAAGUGGGAGGAGUUUGAAUAUCACAGUGAAGUGCCAAACCUUGGAAGGUCUCGAAAAACUUUGGCAAGACUAUAGUUCAGGUCAUCUCAAUAGUGUAGCGGAGGAACUUCUUGUGACAGAUGAUAUCAAGAAAAAACUAGGUGUGGAAUCUAUAAAGUUGAAAACAGUGAUUACAGAGGAGUCUUACCUGGCAUGCAAACGGUACCUCUUAAACAAGUUAGAUGCCAGCUCUGAUCAGUCCUCAUCAUCCACACCAAGCUUAGAAAACAUGCAAGAAGCCAGUUCAGGUCAGCAGCUGAUGCAGUUGUUGGGAGAGCCCAGUCCACAAAGUUUGCCCAGCCAGGGCAGUGUAAAUCAAGAUGAAGAAAAAAUGAACUAAGAAAAAAUCUGGAAUGGUUAAAGUGACUGUUAGCCAGCAAAUGGAAAGGAACUUGUUGCACACUUCAACCAAGAUGUGUAAAGUCACAUCUUUUGUUUGUUCUUAAUUUACUCUUAUUGUGUAUAAAUAUGUGGAAAAAAUUGUGAAUCAAAAUUCAAGGCUACUUUAAUAAAUAUAGGCAUGGGUAGCAUGCAAGAGUCAUUGGUUUGGCUGGACAGGUUAUGAUUGGAUACUUUAUGUACCAAAUGUUUUUGUAGCAGAAAAAGAGCAUAACUUUAAAACAGACGAAAAUAUUGCAUUACUUCACCUUGAGAAUAACAAAAAAAGCUUAUUCAACUGAACUCACACAGGUAUUUUGUGGUCUGCUGUAUCUUUUGGCUAAAUACUUAGCAAAAUAAAAUGCAUGGGUGCCACGUUUACUGUUGUUCCUCUCGCAGCCAUCAUUUGGUCUUAUCACACACCACUAUAUAUUCCCUGUUGGAGAGAGAAUGCAUUGUGUGAUGAGACUAAAUAAUGGUUGUGAAAGAGACUAUGCCUGCUGUUGUUCCUCUAACACAGAGAAAAUAAAAAUUAUUCGUCUACA